AGAAGAGGGAAAAAAGGCGUUUUUAUUUUAUUUUUUACUUCUUGUAUUCCGGCCAGAUGACCUGUUUGUGCGUGCGUAUGCGUGCCUCAAUUGAGAGUGCCCGAAACCCCUUUUUCUAUCACUUUACUUGCCUCAACUAUAAAAAUAAGAAUGAAAUUAUAAAACCCUGGGACACACAGCUUUUCUUAGUGUUUUGUUUCGUUUUCUUUUCAACUUGUUUUUAAAAAUACUUUAUUUUUUUCGACACUUUUUUCGUCUUUUUAUUUUUAUUUUUAUUUUUAUUUUUGCUGACACAGCUUGUUACACGUGUUUUCUGUUUUUAUCACCCUGCAGCUUUCUCGCUUUUGGGCAUA